UGCACUGGCAACAAGUCUGAGCAGUUUUAAGCGGCAGCGCGGAGUCACAGGAGCACUCUAACACUGGAGUACAGCUCGCGAAAGACCAAGCAAUAUGCUUCAGCAUUUUAGAAGCAUGCAAGAAGACUUUUUUGCUUCCUAGCCUUUUUUUUUUUUUUUUUUUUUUGAGUCUGCUGAAUACUUCAGGACAUCUCAAGAUUCAUUAAGCUGAGGAUUCCACUACUGACACUAAUACCAAUGGAAAACCAUGCAAGUGACAACUGUACAGCUGGAAGUAAGGAUCUGUACAAGUUCUACUUCUCGGUGAUGAUCGGGGAAUUUAUCCUGGCUCUUCCUCUGAACCUCACUGUGAUCUACCUCUUCAUCUUUAAACUCAAAUUCUGGAAAUCAAAAAGCAACAACAUUUUUCUGUUCAAUCUGGUGCUGGCGGAUAUCCUGCUGCUGAUUUGCUUGCCGGUCCGGGCGUACUACUUUCAGCGCGGAGAGAGACGGAGUAACAACAACACCAUCUGCAAGUCGGUGCUCUUUUUGCUGUUUUUGAACCGGGGAGCCAGCAUCGCCUUCCUGACUAUCAUUUCCAUCAACCGUUACUUGAGUGUGGUCCAUCCUAGCCUUAGGAACCCGUUCAAGAUCCGGAAACGGUCCUUCAUCAUCUCUGCUAUGGUCUGGGUUUUGCUUUUGCCUCUGACCAUCCCGUCCAUGCUGUCCACCUUUGAGUGCUGCAACGACAACGAAACAGAAGAGGACACCAGUAGUUUUUUUCGAGCGAACACCGCCACUGUUGUCUUCAGAGAGCUUGUGUUUUUUACAUCGGUUCUCCUCCCGUUUAUCAUCCUGGUCUACUGCGCCAUAAAGAUCACCAAAAGGCUGAAGGAGAAGACAGUCGGCGAAAGGACCAAGCUGAAGAGAGCGGUGUUCCUGGUCAUUCUGGUCGUCUUGGUGUUUUCUUUCUGCUUUUGGCCGUCUGCCAUUUCAAGGCUGGUGCUGCUUAUAGUCAGAGAACAGAAUCUUCCGAAUGCAGAAGAAAUCGCGGUUCAGGUCUACGACGGCCUCAUGUGCCUCUCGUAUCUGGAUUGUCUGCUGGACCCGAUCGUCUACUGUCUGAGCAGUACCAAGUUCAAGAAUUUGUAUAUAGCCACUUAUCUGCCUUUUUUGCUAAAGGGACAACAUGCCGAACAUCACUGAAACAUUACCAUGUGUGCAAACACACAAAACAAACUAAAAACUAAACGCUGAACAUCCACCAUAAUGUUCAAGAGUCUUGUUGAAACUGUGAUGGUUUUAAUCUUUUUUUUUUUCAUUUUAAAAAACAAAAAAUGUGCUAUUUGUCAGUUUAAUUGUACUGUUGUCCAUUUUUUCUUUUUGCCUUAUUUUAUUUAUACACUGACACACACCAGACCAUCUAUCAUGUGCUGUACAGCUUUUACAAUUUUACAUUUUAUUCUCAUUAAAAAAGCUGUUUUUUUUAAAA